AUGCAUCGUAUUCAGCGUUUUCCGUUGAUAAAAUGGUCUGGAUCAAGGCGUAGUUAUCACUUCAAACAAUCUCUCUUCGGUUUUUCCGCCAAAUCUCCGGCGGAAAAACAAAAUUUGAUUGGUAAGACAACUUUUUGUUUUAGGUUCUAUAAAGCAUGUUUUAAUGACGGGUUUUUUGGACUUUAAUGACGAUUUUUAUAAAGCUUUAUUUCAGAAAUCGAAAAAUCAGUGGAAAAAGUGGAAGAUGUGUCUGAAUUGUACCAAAAAUAUGGUUUUAGAGCUGCUAAUUUGGAUCCACUGGGUUUGUGGGACAAUUCAGAGUAUGUUUAUUAUUUUAUAUUCUAUUUUACAGGUUUUAUGGCUUUUAAAUGGUACAAAAACAAUGUUAAGUUUAUAUAAAUAUUUAUUAUUUUUGGCCGAUUUAUUAUGCCUCUACCUUUUAACACAAAGGUUACGACUUUUUUUAGUAGAAAAGUAAGAAUAUUUUUAGAAACAAGAAGCUGUUAAGAGAUCUAUCUCAAAAUCUCAGCUCUCAAGAUGUUACUCAUGGAGAGUUUAUAGGCAAAACAAAUGAAUUCAUCGACUAUUUAGAGAAGACAUAUUGCUCUAGCUUGGCAAUUGAGUUUAAGCAUCUUAAUGUAAGUUGUAAUGCUUUUCAUUGUUUGCAUUUUAGGUACAAUACUGAUUUUUGUGUUUAUAGAGUUUAACAGAACAAAAAUGGCUAGCUGAAGAGUUUGAAAGGCUAAAGCGGAAGGAACUUGAAGCUGAAGAGAAGAAGGAUGUUGCGGAUAAAUUGUUGAAGGCUUUGGUAGGUAUUAGAUUUUUAUAUUAUGAAUUGAAACUCUGUCUACAUGUUUUUCUAUCAAUAUAUUACUUUUUGUUAUUACAAUUUCUAAAACAAUGCUUUGACUGAAUAUUUUUUAUGUUUUAGGCAUAUGAAAAGUUUCUGGAGACUAAAAUUCCCACUUUGAAGCGAUAUUCUGGUGAAGGUGCUGAAGCUGGAGUUGCUUUUCAUGCCAAACUACUUCAAGAUGGCCCAAAGCAUAACUUGAAAGAGUUUAUUUGGGGUGGUGCUCAUAGAGGACGAUUUGCUUUGCAUACGAUCUUGUUUGGACUUGAACCUGAUGUUGUCUUGAGGAAGGUAAGUGUAUGCAUUAUAUUUAAUUAAACUGUUUUGGGUUUGUUUUGUUAAUUCAUUGACGAAUUUUUUUAGAUUAGAGGUAUGCCAGAGUUUCCUGACGAUGUUGAUGGAAGUGGAGAUGUCUUGUCACAUUUGAGUAUGUUUUUACAGACUUUCUUUUAAAUAUCUAUUGAUUAUUUGAUCAUGUAUAACGUUAAAAUGGUUUCAGAUUGCCACUACGAUGUUAAGACUCCAGAUGGUACUAUUCACGUUAGUACAGUACCAAACCCAUCCCAUCUGGAAGUCGCUGGUCCAGUAGCUGUCGGUAAAAGUCGUGGUAGAUCGUUGGCAAUGCAUACAGGAGAUUAUGGAGAAGGAGUUGUUGGGGAUGAGGUUCUUUGUGUACAUUAUCAUGGAGAUGGAGCUUUUACGGGUCAGGUACGGUAUUAUUAUUCUUUAUUAUUAGUAAAACCGUUGCCAGUCUUUAUGACAGUUUUUAUUUAGGGUAUUGUAUGGGAAACACUGUCGAUGGCUCAAGUGCCACAUUAUCGUAUUGGAGGCUCAAUUCACGUUGUAGCCAACAAUCAAUUAGCAUUCACUGCUGAGAAGGACAUUGGAAGGUCAUCUUUACAUUGCACUGACUAUGCCAAAGCGUUGGACUGUCCUGUCAUUCAUAUUAAUGCUAGUUCUCCAGAAGACGCGGUUAGGGCGGCUGAACUGGCUCUUAACUACAGACAGGUAAUUAUUUUACAGUUUUUAUUUUACAGUUUUACUGUAUUUGUUUACUGUAAGGUAUUCUUUAAAUUUUUUUAUUGUGUCUGUUAAAGGCUAUGGUAAAUAUGAUUUUUAUUUACAGAAGUUCCGAAAAGAUAUUUUUGUAAAUCUGCACUGUUUCCGAAGGCAUGGUCACAACGAAAUCGACAACCCAAGGUUCACGAAUCCUAGAUUGUAUGCUAAGGUUGAUGCUACUGAAGAUAUUCCUGAUGUAUACACAAGGUCUCUGGUAGAUCAAGGUGUGGUUGAGGAAGGUUUUGGGGAGAAAAUAAAGGAAGAGUAUCAGAAUUGGCUUAACGAGUCGUUGGCUAGGGUGGAUGGAGGCAAAACUGAACCAAAGUAAGUUGCACUAAUAUAUAGCUUUAUAGUAACAUAAAUAUUAUAAAUAGUUAUUAAAAACGUUUUUGAUUCAAAGGCCGAAGCAGUUCAUUAUAAAGUUGAUUUCAGGGCAGAUCACUUAAAAGGCUACUGGUCGGGUUACCAACAAGCACCAAAGGCUGUCACAGUAUACCCGACAGGACUUGACACCGAUUUGUUACGGUAUAUUGGAAAGAAGUCGGUCACAAUUCCUGAUGAAUUUGUAAGUUUUAAUGUUGUUAGUUAUCAGUUUUAUCAAAAUGAAAUAAAAAUAAAAAGUUUGUAAAUUUAUAUUGUAUUAGCUGUACGAAGAGCGAAAAUAUAUGUGGUACAGAGUGUCAUAUUGAUUUUUUGUUUUAGAACGUGCAUCCCCAUAUCUUGAAAACUCAUGUAAACGCUAGGAUACAGAGAUUGGAAAAGGGAGAAAACAUUGAUUGGGCAACAGCUGAAGCUUUUGCUUUUGGAUCUUUGUUGUUACAGGUAAGGAUUUAUAAAAUAAAACUCAUUGAAAAGAAAACGACCUAUUUUACAAUUAAAAACUCGUACUAAAACCUUAAAAAAGGCGACCUUCAUUUAAAAACUAAUAUUUCAGGGCUUUGAUGUACGAAUAAGUGGGCAAGAUGUUGGCAGAGCAACGUUCUCUCACAGACACGGUGUACUAGUCGAUCAGAAGUCGGAUGAAGUAUAUGUGCCAUUGAAUAACAUAUCUCCAGAUCAGAAGCACUUUUACGAAGCUGCCAACUCUCCACUGAGUGAAGAAGCUGUUUUGGCAUUUGAAUACGGAUUCUCGAUCGAUAACUCGAAGAGAUUGGUCAUCUGGGAAGCUCAGUUUGGAGAUUUUUAUAAUACAGCUCAAGUUCAGAUCGACACUCUUAUUGCUUCUGGAGAAAGUAUGUAUAAUAUAUUAUCCUACGUUAGUUGGUAUCAAGAAAAUUUAUAAGCAAUUUUGGAGCAAAAAUCUUGAAACUUCGGUGAAGUAUAGUUUACGUUUGGUGGUGUUAUAGUACGAUAUCAUUUAUUUUUUUUUAAAUAAAUUGAUUUUUAUAGGUAAAUGGCUGAGACAAUCAGGCUUAGUAAUGAUGUUACCUCAUGGACUAGAUGGAGCUGGCCCAGAUCACAGUUCAGCUCAUAUGGAACGAUUCCUACAAUUAACUGACAGUAGAGAAGAUCAGAAGCCUGCUGAUGGUGACAAUGUUAAUAUGCACGUGGUUAAUCCUACAACUAGUGCUCAGUACUUCCAUUUACUACGGAGACAGGUGCUGUAACUCGGGAAAGGGAAAUCUCGGGGAAUGCAUUUUCGGGGAGGAAGUUUCGGGGAAUGGUAUUUUAACACAGUUUGCAUAAUUUUUAAAACUCUAUUAUAAUAUUCUUUCAUAGAUUUUUUGUAAGAUAAAGUUAAUUUAUAAUGUAUUGUUAUUUUCAGUGUCUGACACCAUUCAGAAAGCCUUUGAUUAUAAUAUCACCCAAGGUCUUACUACGUCAUCCUCAAGCAGCAUCUCCUCUGUCAGAGUUUGGAGAAGGUACCCAUUUCCAUCCAGUCUUGGACGAUGUUGCUUCAAAGCCUGAUAAAGUUAAAAAGGUAGGUUUUACAAAAUGAUUAUGGAUUUAUAUUAUAUUAGGGGGUAUAUAAAGUAAUGACCGAUUAUUAUUAUUAUCAUAUAAUAAAAAUUAUGUUUAUAUAUUAUCAUAUAAAAUUUUUUUAGUUGCAGUAAAAUUAAAUGUAACCAUCUUACAGUAGUAAUGUUUAGGUUGUGUUUGUAAGUGGUAAACAUGCAGUGUUAUUGAUGGCUGAGAGAUCAAAGCGGAAUCUAGAAGACACCGCUAUCGUGAGAUUGGAAAGGCUUUGUCCAUUCCCGGUCGGCGAGAUCAGAGAGACUUUGCAAAAUUACAAAAGCGCAACCAGUAAGUACUGUAACAUGAAUUUUAAGCUUUUUUAUAUUUUUAAAAUUAAUUUUUUUUAAAACGUUUUAUGUUAUAUGUAAGUUUUUUGUAAUUUUACCGUAUUUUAGAGUUUGUAUGGUCACAAGAAGAGCCCAGGAACGCUGGAGCUUGGGCGUUUGUUAACCCUCGAUUCCAAAAUGGCUUGGGAAUUGAGGUAAGAUAAAAUUAAACUUCAAACGUUGAUAAUAUCUACAUUUUGCUUGAUUUUCAUAAUUUUAUAUAUAAAGUAUUGUUAUCUUCUAAUUACUACUACAAUAACCAUGAUAUUCUAGCUAAAAUACGCUGGCCGACCAGAAAUCGCAUGGAUGGCUACAAGUAUCGGACAACACCACCAGAAAGAAGCCGAGAAAGUUCUAACGGACACAUUCCAGAUCUAG